AUGUCCUUCUGGGCGCUCUUUGCAGGUGAUUGCGAAGAGGCGAAGGCUGAGGAAGUUGUGGCACCUCAGAAGCCUCAGCAAUCCCGGCGGAAGGAAGAUGAGCCACUGAGGACGCCUGUGGGAAUUGACCUCAACAACGAUGGCAAGGUUGACGUCGUACUUACUCCGGACCAGCUGCGCGCCUUGGUUUUGGAGAGGCAGAUGGCGCUGCAAGCCCCUGUGCACAAGGUCACCCCUCCAGUGCCGCCAGUGUUGGUUCAACCGCCUUCCGUUGUCUACCAAGCGCCCCGCGUUCCACCAUCGAAGGUUCCUCGCGGUCGCUGGGUUUGGGUGCCUCGAACGAAGCUUCUGGAGCAGGCCGAUCUUCGGAAAAUGGCAACUCAGCGCCUGCGCGAGGUGCCGCCACAAGCCGAGGCUGCCACACAGAUGCCUUCGCAGGUGCCCACCCCCGCGCCGGCGUCCUCAGCCUCUCUCCAGCGGUCCACACAGUCACAGCUGCUCCAGGGUUCGACCCAGUCGCAGCUCUACCAGGUCCCAGCAUCUCCAUUGCCCAGCACAAGGUCCGCUGUUCCCGUCUAUAAUGCCCCGAAGUACGAAGAGACUUUCCAAAGCGUGAAGGUCCCGGCAACUUCGAAUGUCACACCGUACUACAGCGAAAUGCCCUACCACCACCCGCAAUCAGCGCGUGGUGCAGGGUUUUCCUCCACAUUUCUGUGA